AUUCACUUCAGCUUCACGCACAUCUUUCCCACUACCCACUUUCGCUACCAACGCUCGUUAUCAAGAUGCACUUCAAACUCUUCUUCCUCGCCUUCAACUUGGCCCUGGUGCAGGGUGCCACGCUUGCCAACAGUCCGGCCGGCAAGGCAUGCGCCAAGAGGUCGCGUGGCCUACAGUAUGCGGCCUUCAAGAACCCCUUCGCUCGCACCGACGAGCAGUACUCCUCCUUCGACCCGACGUACAUGAAGUCGACGACGGCCGGUGGCCAAGGCACCGCCAACGUCCUCUACAACAGCACCACCAGCACCGGCUUCUUCACGUCCGACGGGGUUGAUCCCAGCCAGGGCAUCCACAUCUACGGCAGCAAGAAUUCCAUCCCCGACUACGGCUUUGCCGUCAACCACCGCGGCUACAUCAAGGCCGACAUAGCCGGGGUGUACAAGAUCCAGAUCAACGACAUCGACGACAUUGCCCUUCUCUGGACCGGCGACACCGCAAAGAGUGGCUGGACGCGCGACAACGCUGUCGCCGUCGGGUACUACACCAGUUAUGGCGGCAACGGCGUCGCGGACUACACCGUGAACAUGACCCCGGGCGAAUACCUCCCCAUUCGCGUCAUCUGGGGCAACGGCGGUGGACCUUUCUCCCUCAACAUCACCAUCGCCAACUCCAAGGGUACUACCAUCCUGGGCGAGGACACGACCCCUACCAACAUGGUCGUCUGGAGAGCCUGCGGCGCCAACAAGAAUGACGCGCCUCCGUUUCCCAACACCUUCGGCAAUGAGUCGUAAUUUGACGGAGCUCCGAUGCUGGAACGAGUGGAGAGUGGUAAGACGAAGCCGGGACGAGCGGAGAC